AUGGCCAACAAGAGCACGGAGAACGGCAUCUACAGCGUGUCCGGCGAGGAGAAGAAGGGCCCCCUGAUCGCGCCCGGGCCCGACGGAGCCCCGGCCAAGGGCGACGGCCCCGCGGCCCUGGGGGCGCCCGGCAGCCUCCUGGCCGUUCCGCCGCGCGAGACCUGGACGCGCCAGAUGGACUUCAUCAUGUCGUGCGUGGGCUUCGCCGUGGGCCUGGGCAACGUGUGGCGCUUCCCCUACCUGUGCUACAAGAACGGCGGAGGUGUGUUCCUUAUUCCCUAUGUUCUGAUCGCCCUCAUCGGAGGAAUCCCUAUCUUCUUCUUGGAGAUCUCGCUGGGCCAGUUCAUGAAGGCCGGCAGCAUCAACGUCUGGAAUAUCUGCCCCCUGUUCAAAGGCCUGGGCUAUGCCUCCAUGGUGAUCGUCUUCUACUGCAACACCUAUUACAUCAUGGUGCUGGCCUGGGGCUUCUAUUAUCUGGUGAAGUCCUUUACUACCACGCUGCCCUGGGCCACAUGUGGCCACACGUGGAACACUCCUGAUUGUGUGGAGAUCUUCCGCCACGAAGACUGUGCCAAUGCCACCAUGGCCAACCUCACAUGUGACCAGCUUGCCGACCGCCGGUCCCCGGUCAUCGAGUUCUGGGAGAACAAAGUCUUGCGGCUCUCCGGAGGGCUGGAGGUGCCAGGGGCCCUCAACUGGGAGGUGACCCUGUGUCUGCUGACCUGCUGGGUGCUGGUCUACUUCUGUGUCUGGAAGGGGGUCAAGUCAACAGGCAAGAUCGUGUAUUUCACUGCUACAUUCCCCUAUGUGGUCCUUGUUGUGCUGCUGGUGCGCGGAGUGUUGCUACCUGGCGCUUUGGAUGGCAUCAUCUACUAUCUCAAGCCUGACUGGUCAAAGCUGGCAUCCCCUCAGGUAUGGAUCGAUGCAGGGACACAGAUCUUCUUCUCUUACGCCAUUGGCUUGGGGGCCCUCACCGCCCUGGGCAGCUACAAUCGCUUCAACAACAACUGCUACAAGGACGCCAUCAUACUCGCCCUCAUCAACAGCGGGACCAGCUUCUUUGCAGGCUUCGUGGUGUUCUCCAUCCUGGGUUUCAUGGCCACAGAACAGGGCGUGCACAUCUCCAAGGUAGCAGAAUCAGGGCCUGGCCUAGCUUUCAUCGCCUAUCCACGGGCCGUCACGCUGAUGCCCGUGGCCCCGCUCUGGGCAGCCCUGUUUUUCUUUAUGCUGUUGCUGCUUGGUCUCGACAGCCAGUUUGUAGGUGUUGAAGGCUUCAUCACCGGCCUGUUGGACCUCCUCCCGGCCUCCUACUACUUCCGGUUCCAAAGGGAGAUCUCUGUGGCCCUCUGCUGCACCCUCUGCUUUGUCAUCGACCUCUCCAUGGUGACCGAUGGCGGGAUGUAUGUCUUCCAGCUAUUUGACUACUACUCGGCCAGCGGCACCACGCUGCUCUGGCAGGCCUUCUGGGAGUGUGUGGUGGUCGCCUGGGUGUACGGAGCUGAUCGCUUCAUGGAUGAUGUGGCCUGCAUGAUCGGGUACCGACCUUGCCCCUGGAUGAAAUGGUGCUGGUCUUUCUUCACCCCACUGGUGUGCAUGGGCAUCUUCAUCUUCAAUAUGGUCUACCACGAGCCGCUGGUCUACAACAACACCUACGUGUACCCGUGGUGGGGCGAAGCCGUGGGCUGGGCCUUCGCGCUUUCCUCCAUGCUGUGUGUGCCCCUCCACCUCCUGAGCUGCCUCCUCAGGGCCAAGGGGACCGUGGCUGAGCGCUGGCAGCACCUGACGCAGCCCAUCUGGGGCCUCCACCACCUGGAAUACAGAGCUCAAGACUCGGAUGUCAGGGGCCUGACCACCCUGACUCCAGUGUCUGAGAGCAGCAAGGUGGUGGUGGUGGAGAGUGUCAUGUGA